GGUCUGCCUUUCCUUCCUCAGGUGGUCUGUGAUGAGAACGGUUCUAAGGGUUAUGCUUUUGUCCACUUCGAGACCCAAGAGGCUGCCGACAAGGCCAUCGAGAAGAUGAAUGGCAUGCUCCUCAAUGACCGCAAAGUGUUUGUGGGCAGAUUCAAGUCUCGCAAAGAGCGUGAAGCUGAGCUUGGAGCCAAGGCCAAGGAAUUCACCAAUGUUUAUAUCAAAAACUUUGGGGAAGAAGUGGAUGAUGAUAAUCUGAAAGAGCUAUUCAGCCAGUUUGGUAAAACCUUAAGUGUCAAGGUGAUGAGAGACCCCAGUGGGAAAUCCAAAGGCUUCGGCUUUGUAAGUUACGAGAAACACGAGGACGCCAAUAAGGCUGUGGAAGAAAUGAAUGGAAAAGAAAUGAGUGGGAAAGCCAUAUUUGUAGGCCGUGCACAGAAAAAAGUAGAACGUCAGGCUGAACUAAAACGGAAGUUUGAGCAACUGAAGCAGGAGCGAAUUAGUCGGUACCAGGGAGUGAAUCUCUACAUUAAGAACUUGGAUGACACCAUUGACGAUGAGAAAUUGAGGAAAGAGUUUUCUCCUUUCGGCUCCAUCACCAGCGCUAAGGUGAUGCUAGAAGAUGGAAGGAGCAAAGGUUUUGGCUUCGUCUGCUUCUCCUCUCCUGAAGAGGCCACCAAAGCAGUCACGGAGAUGAACGGGCGAAUUGUGGGCUCCAAGCCGCUAUACGUUGCCCUGGCCCAGAGGAAGGAGGAGCGGAAGGCUCACCUGACCAACCAGUACAUGCAGCGGGUGGCCGGCAUGAGGGCGCUCCCUGCCAGUGCCAUCUUAAAUCAGUUCCAGCCUGCGGCCGGCGGCUACUUCGUGCCAGCGGUUCCGCAGGCUCAGGGCAGACCUCCAUAUUACACACCUAACCAGCUAGCACAGAUGAGGCCUAAUCCACGCUGGCAGCAAGGCGGGAGACCUCAAGGCUUCCAAGGAAUGCCAAGUGCUAUACGGCAGUCUGGGCCUCGUCCAGCUCUUCGCCACCUGGCUCCAACUGGUAAUGCUCCGGCCUCUCGUGGCCUUCCUACUUCCACUCAGAGAGUCGGGUCUGAGUGCCCGGACCGCUUGGCUAUGGACUUUGGUGGGGCUGGUGCCGCCCAGCAAGGGCUGACUGACAGCUGCCAGUCUGGAGGUGUUCCCGCCGCUGUGCCAAGCCUUGCACCCCGCGCCGCCGCAGUUGCCGCUGCUCCCAGGGCUGUGGCUCCCUACAAAUACGCCUCGGGUGUCCGCAGCCCUCACCCGGCCAUUCAGCCUCUGCAGGCAGCACAGCCUGCAGUUCACGUCCAGGGGCAGGAGCCGCUGACUGCCUCGAUGCUGGCUGCAGCACCCCCCCAGGAACAGAAGCAGAUGCUGGGGGAGCGUUUGUUCCCACUCAUCCAAACAAUGCAUUCGAAUCUGGCUGGAAAGAUCACAGGGAUGCUGCUGGAGAUCGACAACUCGGAGCUGCUCCACAUGCUGGAGUCCCCCGAGUCUCUCCGGUCCAAGGUGCUGUGGCAGUUCUGCAGGCUCAUCAUGCCAAGAAAGAAGCCGCCCAGAAGGAGUCAAAAGCCAAAUAACCCCUCCUGGCAUUCAGCUAAGGUCUGAAGACUUCCUAGUUUGU